GCCGUAACCCUCGAAAAAAAAGCCUGCAACGAUGGGGUGUCCUCGCGUUUCGGCAGAAUCGCAUUGCAUCCAUAGCUGCUAGUCAGCAGCUCGCAAUGUCGUUUCCUCGCCUAAUCUAUCCAUCGGCUCUAUUCGAGAGGCUGUAUAAUGCAUAAUGGACCGGACCGACGCUACGCAGCAUUCCAACCAACGAACCAUAGAUUCCUCGGUGCAGAUAACACUUUAUAGAAAUGCUGUUAACUAGACGUCUGCCCGGAUUACUUUAUACCUACAGAUACACCGUCUAUUCGGUCGGUGUGAUCGUCGCCACCCUGCUGUACUUCUUGUUCAGAUGGAACCUGCUCUGCGUCAAUCUUCAGGCUUGGCAACACGUUAAGAGGAUGUGUCAUCUCUAUGAAGAAGGAAUGGCAAUAGGAUCCCUCUGCGCUCCUCUCUGCAUUUCCAAAGACAUCCACUCGCUAACCUGUCAUUCCUUUCAAGCAGCAAAAGAAGCAGUUUUCAGCGCCGAAUGGUACAACAUCCGACUAGUUUUCAAAUCUGUAUCCCGAGAUAUCCAGGCACUACACUGGUACGACAACGGAGUUCUCAGGUACCCAACAGAAAAAGAGUUCCUAUCGUCCAUACGUACAAUAGUCAAAAGAAAACUAAAUUUAACGUUAGCCUAUGACACAGCAGUGAGACUAUCGCGCUUAAAGCCUUCCUACGAGGAAAAGGAUUUGACGAAGAGACAGCAAGAGAUGGAUAGCUUAUGGUACCUGCUUCAAGACAACGAGUACCUCCUUUCAACUAUUUUCACAGACAAAGAUAUCUUUCCUCAACUCAUUGGUACUUGCGGUUCAUAUUUUGCCGUUGAGUACUUAGAACCGGUUCCUUCAUUAUCCUCUUACCUUUCUCUAAAUGACAAUAAAGAAGAAUGGGGUCAAAGACUACGAUUCGCCGUCCAAAUACUCGACUUACUGGAAGACCUGGACACAGGAUUCCGAGAACCCUUCCACCUCUGUAACGUAAAAUUUAACCAUUUCGGAUACGUAAAAAACAAGAAAAAACUGAAAUUUAUCGAUUUAGAUGAAGUCUAUCCCAGAUCCAUCAUAAACAAUUAUUUUAUGGAGAUUGAAUCGUGUCAAAGCGAUGAAGACUGUGAAUAUAUGGAUUGCAGGUCAGUCUGUGAUCAAACCACUGGACAGUGUCGAGGAACAGUGACCAAUAACAACCUGCAGAUAGUUUGUGAGAAGAUAUUUUUGGGUUGGGGUAUGUCCAAUACCAUUUUAGUGCCUGGUCUGUUGAUGUCACAACAUACGUCAUCGGAAUUGGCCCCUAUUUUAAGACGGUGCGCUAACCCAACUGGUGGGGAUGGUAAAUUGAGGACUAUGCCAGACAGAGAAGUGAAAAAGAGAUUGUAUACACUUUUAAACGAAAUUGAACAGUCUGUUAAUAGUGAUUUUUUUCUUUAAUAAAAUUGAGUAUGCAAUGUUCUAA